CGAGUGAGCCGCCCGUCGCCCGGGGACCCGGCGAGGGGCGGGGGCAGCCCCGAACCGACCCUAGAUCGCCACUCCAGUCUCACGCUUCCCGAAAAGUUUGUCCCUUUGCACUUCGCGGAGCCACUCCGGGAGCCCCGCCGCGACGAGUCUAUGCUCUACCCAGGAUGGCUGGUGAGGUGAGGCCCAGCACAACAGAGGUUUGAGGUCCUUUGGGGCCACAGGGUUUCCCCUACAGCCCCUGCUGGUGUGGCCAGGCCCCAAGUAUAGGAUGGGGCUCCCCCUACGAGGGCCGGUGGCAGCCAGAACUGAUACAGCUCCCCUGGUCUGGGGCCAGGACACCAGCUGAGGAGGGCAGCAGCGUCUGGAGCUAUGGCUGGUGCCUCAGUGAAAGUGGCAGUGAGGGUUCGGCCCUUCAAUGCCCGUGAGACCAGUCAGGAUGCCAAGUGUGUGGUCAGCAUGCAGGGCAACACCACCUCCAUCUUCAAUCCCAAACAGAUCAAGGAUGUCCCCAAAAGCUUCACUUUCGACUAUUCCUACUGGUCACACACUUCGGCUGAGGACCCCCAGUUUGCAUCUCAACAGCAGGUGUAUCGAGACAUUGGGGAAGAGAUGCUGCUCCAUGCCUUUGAAGGCUACAAUGUGUGCAUCUUUGCCUAUGGGCAGACUGGAGCUGGGAAGUCCUAUACCAUGAUGGGACGGCAGGAGCCAGGGCAGCAGGGGAUUGUGCCUCAGCUCUGUGAGGACCUGUUUUCUCGUGUCAGUGAGAACCAGAGUGCUCAGCUCUCCUAUUCUGUAGAGGUGAGCUAUAUGGAAAUCUAUUGUGAGCGGGUACGAGACCUUUUGAACCCCAAGAGUCGGGGAUCUCUGCGGGUCCGGGAGCACCCUAUCCUGGGCCCCUACGUACAGGAUUUGUCUAAAUUGGCUGUGACCUCCUAUGCAGACAUUGCUGACCUCAUGGACUGUGGAAAUAAGGCGAGGACGGUAGCCGCCACCAACAUGAAUGAGACCAGCAGCCGUUCCCAUGCUGUCUUCACCAUUGUCUUCACACAGCGCUGUCACGACCAGCUCACUGGGCUGGACUCAGAGAAGGUCAGUAAGAUCAGUUUGGUGGACCUUGCUGGGAGCGAGCGGGCUGACUCCUCAGGGGCCCGGGGCAUGCGUUUGAAGGAGGGUGCCAACAUCAAUAAGUCCUUGACUACUCUCGGGAAGGUGAUCUCAGCCCUUGCAGAUAUGCAAUCAAAGAAGCGGAAGUCAGAUUUUAUCCCUUACAGGGACUCUGUGCUCACCUGGCUGCUCAAGGAGAAUUUAGGUGGGAACUCACGCACAGCAAUGAUUGCAGCCCUGAGCCCUGCUGACAUCAAUUAUGAGGAGACUCUCAGCACCCUCAGGUAUGCUGACCGCACCAAGCAGAUUCGAUGCAAUGCUGUCAUCAAUGAGGACCCUAACGCCCGGCUGAUCCGAGAGCUGCAGGAGGAGGUGGCACGGCUGCGGGAACUGCUUAUGGCUCAGGGGCUUUCAGCCUCUGCUCUGGGAGGCCUAAAGGUGGAAGAGGGGAGUCCUGGAGGUACUGUACCAGCUGUAUCAUCUCCCCCUGCCCCAGCUUCACCCUCAUCCCCCCCUGCACAUAAUGGGGAGCUGGAGCCAUCAUUCUCCAACACUGAGCCUCAGAUUGGGCCUGAGGAGGCCAUGGAGAGGCUGCAGGAGACAGAGAAGAUUAUAGCUGAACUGAACGAGACAUGGGAGGAAAAGCUGCGAAAGACAGAAGCCCUGAGGAUGGAGAGAGAAGCAUUGCUGGCUGAGAUGGGGGUGGCUGUCCGGGAGGACGGGGGAACUGUGGGCGUCUUCUCUCCAAAGAAGACUCCCCACCUGGUGAACCUGAACGAAGACCCCCUGAUGUCUGAAUGUCUGCUCUACCACAUCAAAGAUGGCAUCACCAGGGUUGGCCAGGUAGAUGUAGACAUCAAGCUGACUGGACAGUUUAUCCGGGAGCAACACUGUCUGUUCCGGAGCAUCCCUCAGCCAGAUGGAGAAGUGGUGGUCACUCUGGAGCCUUGUGAAGGAGCUGAGACGUAUGUCAAUGGGAAGCUGGUGACAGAGCCGCUGGUGCUGAAGUCAGGGAAUAGGAUUGUGAUGGGCAAAAACCACGUUUUCCGCUUCAAUCACCCGGAGCAGGCACGGCUGGAACGGGAACGAGGGGUCCCCCCACCCCCAGGACCGCCCUCUGAGCCUGUUGACUGGAACUUUGCCCAGAAGGAACUUCUGGAACAGCAGGGCAUCGACAUAAAGCUGGAAAUGGAGAAGAGGCUUCAGGAUCUGGAGAAUCAGUACCGGAAAGAAAAGGAAGAGGCUGACCUUCUGCUGGAGCAGCAGCGACUGUAUGCAGACUCUGACAGUGGGGACGACUCUGACAAGCGCUCCUGUGAGGAGAGCUGGCGGCUGAUCUCCUCCCUACGGGAGCAGCUGCCGCCCACCACGGUUCAGACCAUCGUCAAGCGCUGUGGCCUUCCCAGCAGUGGCAAGCGUAGGGCCCCUAGGAGGGUUUAUCAGAUCCCCCAGAGGAGGCGCCUACAGGGCAAAGACCCCCGCUGGGCUACCAUGGCUGACCUGAAGAUGCAAGCAGUCAAGGAGAUCUGCUAUGAGGUCGCCCUGGCUGACUUCCGCCAUGGGCGGGCUGAGAUCGAGGCCCUGGCUGCUCUCAAGAUGAGGGAGCUGUGUCGCACCUACGGCAAGCCUGAGGGUCCUGGAGAUGCCUGGAGGGCUGUGGCCCGGGAUGUCUGGGAUACAGUGGGAGAGGAAGAAGGCGGCGGCGGAGGUGGCAGUGGAGGCGGGGAGGAGGGAGCCCGAGGAGCAGAGGUGGAGGAUCUCCGUGCUCACAUCGAUAAGCUGACAGGGAUUCUACAGGAGGUGAAGCUGCAGAAUAGCAGCAAGGACCGAGAGCUGCAGGCCCUGCGGGACCGAAUGCUCCGCAUGGAGAGGGUCAUCCCCCUGACUCAGGAUCAUGAGGAUGAGCAUGAAGAAGCCAGUGAGGUCACCUGGUCCCCACCUGAAGGGUCAGAGGCGGUAGAGGAGGCAGUGUCCAGUGACCAUUCACCCUCAGUCCGGCCCCCCUCCCCACCCCUGUCCAGCUGGGAGCGAGUGUCGAGGCUGAUGGAGGAGGACCCUGCCUUCCGCCGAGGCCGCCUUCGUUGGCUCAAGCAGGAGCAGCUGCGGCUGCAGGGACUGCAGGGCUCGGGGGGCCGGGGCGGGGGUCUGCGCAGGCCCCCGGCGCGCUUUGUGCCCCCUCACGACUGUAAGCUGCGAUUCCCCUUCAAGAGCAACCCCCAGCACCGGGAGUCCUGGCCAGGAAUGGGGAGCGGGGAGGCCCCAGCUCCACCUCCACCUCCACCUCCUGAGGAAGUCACUCCACCUCCUGCCACUCCUGCGCAUAGGCCUCCGAGUCCCCGUAGGUCCCACCGUCCCCGAAGAAACUCCCUGGAUGGAGGAGGCCGAUCCCGGGGAGGGGGUUCCACACAGCCAGAACCCCAGAACUUCCAGUCCAAAAAGCACAACUAUUAUCCCCAGCAGCCUCAACCUUACCCAGCCCAGCGCCCCCCAGGGCCCCGCUACCCCCCAUACACUACUCCGCCACGGAUGAGACGGCAGCGCUCAGCCCCUGACCUCAAGGAGAGUGGGGCAGCAGUGUGAGUCCCAUGUCCUGGGCAGAGGGCCUGGCGAAGCCCUUGCUGGGAGGAACAAGGAUGCCAGGGAUGCUUUCCCAGAAGCCCUGGGGCGGGUAGGCCCAGAGAGGAGAGAGAAGGUCUGAGUAGGUGACAGAAGAUGUGGUGGUGACUAAGCCGGAGGCUGAGUGAAGGAAGAGGGCAGAGUUGCCAGGAGCAAACCAAAGUGAGCGAUAGGAAGCUGCCUUGGGGCCACCCCUUGCAGAGGGGGGUGGUCCCACAAACGCUGCUAUGGGUGGGGUGGGGGGCUGCGGGCUGCGUAGUCAGUGUUUGAAUUUCUUUUUGAGUGGGUAUAAAGAGGGGAGAACUGAGAGGCCAGUUCUUCUCCCUGGCCCCUGUCUGUCUUUCUGUCUGUGGUGGGUUUGUUUCCAGGGAAGUGUGGUGGGAUCAUGUCAUUCCCCUCCCCUUCCAGGCCUCCUGCUAUAUUUGGGGGACCUGUCUGGUUUGGCUGGAGUCCCAUGAGGAUAUGGGGUGUCUUAAUAAAGGAUAGCAAACAG